AUGGCUUCAAUUGCUUGGAUAAUUUUUGGCACAAUAUUAAUUAUUAAUUCUGCAACUUCUAUUGUACAAAACUUUGGUAGCAAUAGAAAAUGUCAUUGCGGUUACGUUGAAAAUUUUUGCAGUGCAAAUUUACAAUUAUUUAACUAUCUUAACAAUCAUAAUUGUUAUUCGUACUCUCCAGCCUAUUGUCCGGAUAAUAAAGUUCGAUACUGCAGCAUCCCAGAUGGUUCAAUUAGUGAAACCUGCGGGAUGAAAAAAAUGACGGUGAUGACCAAAAAGAUUAAUGGACAGUCUCAAGUUGGUGAACAUCCCUGGCAAGCUGCCAUUUUGACGAGUAAUGGAGAUGGCAAUUAUAAGUACAAAGGUGCUGGUGCUCUAAUUCAUAAGAAACAUGUUAUUACUGUUGUACAGAACGUUGAAACCGGUGAUGUAAUUCGUCUUGGAGAAUGGGAUCUGUUAUCAAAUCAAGAAAUAUGCAGCCAACAAGAUUACCAGGCAAAAAAAAUUAUCAAGCACCCUGGGUUCAACACCGACACGAUGGAAAACAACAUUGCAUUGAUAAUAUUAGACAGGAAUGUUCCAUUGGCAACAAGCCCGCAUAUCAGCACCGCUUGCUUGUCUUCAUCAACUCCAUCAUUCGGAAGUAGAUGCUGGAUUGCUGGGUGGGGUGGCUGCCAACAAUUGACACCAGGAACUACCAAGAGAUUAAGAGAUGUCAAUAUUCCUAUUGUGAACCGCUGGGCCUGCCAGCAAUCAAUUCAAAAUUUUCUAACCGAAACUUAUGAACUGCCUGAAAGUAUUUUCUGCGCCGGUGAAGGAAAAAUGGACUCUUGCAUGAUUGAUGGAGGCGCUCCAUUAGUUUGCGAAUCAGCUUCAGGAAGAAUGGAAGUCGUAGGAUUGGUUUCUGCAUCUGUUGGAUGUCAGCAAAAUGUUCCGAGUCUAUUUACUGAUGUCAGUAAAUUUACUUCUUGGAUUCAUAAACAAGUUUUUGAGCAUUGUUAA